UGAUGAUAGAUCGCUAAGAAGGUUCCUGUAAUUCAGUCUUAUAACCUCACUAUCCUCCCCUCCCAUCGAAUGCAUCUCUCCCGCGCCUUCAUUCCCCGCCUCAGUAAUUCCCUUGCGGUCACAUCUCCCGCACUCGUUCGUCUCUCCAGCGUUCGCUCUCAUCUCCAACCGUCAUUUCGGCCGACAGCCUCACUCACAACCUCAUCACAAUCACGAACCAUGUCUAUCCCAGCCACCAUGAAAGCCGUCCUGGUCGAAAAGACCGGCGGCCCCGAGGUCCUCGACUUCAAAACCGACUAUCCCAUCCCCACCCCGCAAGAGGGCCAAUUGCUCGUCAAGAAUAACAUCUCCGGCAUUAACUACAUCGACACCUACUUCCGCACGGGGCUCUACCCCGCCCCAAAGCCUGAAGUCCUGGGCCGCGAAGGCGCCGGCACCGUCGUUGCCCUGGGGCCCGGGCCAAACCCUUACAACUUCCAGGUCGGUGACCGUGUCGCCUGGCUCAGCACCGGCGGAUAUGCGGAGUACACUGCCGUCCCUGCGGCCAAGACGGUCAAGAUCCCCGACAGCGUCUCGGACGAGGACGUCAUGGCAUCGUUCCUGAGCGGGCUGACCGUCUUGUCGCUUGCGAAGGAGACCUACGCCGUGCAGAAGGGCGACUGGGUGCUUUUGCAUGCUGCCGCUGGUGGUGCUGGCUUUCUCAUGACGCAGAUCCUCAAGUCGAUUGGCGCGCAUGUCAUUGGUACUGCUGGUGGUCCUGAGAAAGUCAAGCUGGUGAAGAGCCUCGGUGCGGAUCAUGUAAUUGACUACCGCAGUGAAGAGGGAAAGGAUUGGGUGAAGCGCGUGAAGGAGAUUACCGGUGGCCGAGGUGUGGACGUCGUCUAUGAUUCCGUCGGAAAGGAUACCUGGGAAGGAAGUCUGGAGGUCGUCAAGAGGAAAGGUACUAUUGUCUGGUUCGGGAAUGCCAGUGGACCCGUUCCUCCUCUGCCUUUGAAUAAACUCUCCCCCAAGUGUGUCAAGGUUGCCCGUCCAACACUUUUCGGCUACAUCGAGACCCGCGAAGAAUUCGAAUUCUAUGUCAAUGAGCUGUUCAACCUGCUCCAGUCUGGCCAGCUCAAGGUCAAAAUUCACAAGGUUUAUCCGCUUGAGCAGGUUCAACAGGCGCAUAUCGACCUUGAGGGGAGGAACACUACGGGAAAGUCUCUCUUGAAGCCAUGAUCUACUUUUCCAAUCAGAAACAUGAAUUUAUGUGUGUAUAUGAGGAGAGUUAUUAAUUUUCAGAUUAAGACCCAUCGAAUUGUGCACCAACGUAUGCUGCUGCUACGCAAUAAACUCAGAUCAGAUCACCGGCUCAACAGCGUGGCCACCCUCUGUUUUCUUUUCCUUUGAAUCCUUGCUUUCCUCAUCGUCAGUAUCGACAGCUUCAAGAUCAUCUCCCGUCCGCAAAUCCUUCGGUUUCUUCCAACCUAUCAUCAAAUCGUUGGCCAGAACCGUGUAAAUAGAACAGUAGGCUGUGAACACCUCGUCAAAGUAAUGAAAUCCAC